ACCAACUCCCAAACCUCUCCAAGAAACGAGGUAUUCCUCAACCAUGAGGGCAAUCAGAUCCUCCCUGCUCAUUGGCGCGGCAGUAAUAAUCGCGCUGUGCUCCGUCGCCCCUGCUGCAGCGGCGCGCGCGGCGCACAUAAUCGUCGGCGGGUGGAGGCCGAUCAAGGACGUGAAGGACCCCCACAUCCAGGAGCUAGGCGGGUGGAGCCCCGCCAAGGACGUGAGCGACCCACACAUCCAGGAGCUCGGCAGCUGGGCGGUGGCGGAGCACACCAGGCAGGCGAACGAUGGCCUGCGGUUCGGCAAGGUGAUAAGCGCCCAGGAGCAACAGAUCGUGGAUGGGGUGAACUACAAGCUCUUCCUCGACGCGGCCGACGCCAGCGGGGACGUGGCCAACUAUGGGGCGCUCGUGCACGAGCAGGAGCGGACAAACACCCGCGAGCUCACGGCCUUCGCGCGCGCGCCGGCGAAAUGACGACCGGGUAGAGUGAUGUACUCUUGCAGAUCUGCUCCUGUCUGUCGUUGGCUAGUUGCCCCUCG